AUGGCCGAGAGAUCCUCUGAUGGAUCCACGUCGCGGCGCGGAUCGCUUUCCCUUGGUGGCCUGCGUUCCAGCCGACUCUCUGUACGCCUCGCAUCACGCCCAAUGCAGCUCCGUGGCGAAGUCUUGCCAGAUCAAGGCGAGGAGUCCAAUGAGCAGAAGAAGUCUGACUUUGCGUAUAAACCUAUCCACCAAGACUAUCCGUCAGAGAUCUCCGACACGUCGACGCAAUCCAAGCAUCGUUAUCGGUAUAUCCCAACUAACGGCCGAUACUUUGAAGAAAUUCCCUCGCCACACAGCUCAAGAAGUCAAUCAGCCAUGUCUGUUCGCAGCGCCAAUGCGCGACGAGACUCAUACACCGACUCUCUGGAAUCCUAUGAGCGAGAGCGCGGCCGGGCCCACGCCCGACACCACGGACAUCCAAGUCACUUCGUGGAGGAUGACCGGGUUAGUAUGGGGCCAAGUGUGGGUGGUAGCUCAGACAGUCCCAGGCCUGGUUCCAGCACUCUGCUCAGCUCUGCCCUACGGUCCAGGCGAAAGACCUCACCUUUUGUUGCAGCCGAUCGGACGAGGUCAUCCUUUAGACCGAUGACCAUCGCCAUGGUCCCCGACCCCGAGGACAUAUACGAUUAA